AUGUAUUUCUUUGUAUUGCUGCUGUAUUUCAGACUGGCGAAAGGGGACAAGUGCUAUAUUUUGGACAACCCAGCAUAUCCCCUGCUAUCUAAAGAUGGAGAUGUGAUAAUUGGAGGUUUAUUUUCAAUACAUGGUGAUAUAAAGCUUCCAUUAUUGCCAUAUACUGAGAAACCUGAACAUUUAAUCUGUACUAGCUUUAACCUCAGAGAAUUUAGGUUUGCUCAGACCAUGACUUUUGUAAUUGAUGAAAUCAACAGAAGCAACAGCUUGCUCCCAAAUAUCUCAAUUGGUUACAGGAUUUAUGAUAACUGUGGCUCAAGAUUAUUAUCUAUGAAAGCAGCCAUGGCUUUGUUGAACGGUCAGGACAUGACAGCAGAUGAUGCCUGUUCUGGACAAGCAGCAGUACAAGCCAUCAUAGGAGAGUCAGAGUCUUCUCCUACCGUAGUACUCACAAGAACUACAGGACCGUUUCAGAUCCCAGUGAUAAGUCAUGCUGCCACUUGUGAAUGUCUGAGCAACAGAAAAGAGUACCCAUCUUUCUUCAGGACAAUAGCGAGUGAUUAUUACCAAAGUAGAGCACUGGCAUAUUUAGUCAAGUACUUUGGCUGGUCUUGGGUGGGAGCUGUGAACAGUGAUAACGAUUAUGGAAACAGUGGAAUGGCCAUUUUUCUGAACGCAGCCAAAGAAGAGGGAAUAUGUGUUGAGUACUCUGAGAAGUUUGACCGCUCAGAUCCUGCCAAACUUAUGAAAGUGGUGGAUAUUAUUAAAAAAGGAACAGCCAAAGUAAUCAUUGUAUUUCUUGGCCAUGUUGAAAUGAAUGUUCUUGUAGAAGAACUUAUUCUGAAAAAUGUCACUGGCUAUCAGAUGAUUGGUGUUGAGGCAUGGAUCACUGCUGUCAAUCUGGUAACUCCAACAAGUAACAAUGUACUGAUUGGAUCCAUGGGAUUUGAUGUGGGAAAACUGAACAUUGCUGGUUUUGCUGAUUAUGUUAUUAAAGAGUUUUGGCAAACUGAUUUCCAUUGUUUGAACACAGAGGGAAACAUUUCUCAAAGUGAAAACCACUGCAGCGGAUACGAAGAAAUUAUCCCCUUUAAAAACUACAAUGAAGACAUACCAGAACUAAGAUAUGCAAAUAACAUCUACAGUGCAAUUUAUGCUGUGGCACAUUCUCUACACAGCCUCCUGAGAUGUAGAGAGAAUCAGAGUUGUGAAAAAGACAAAACAAUACAAUCAUGGCAGGUCGUUGAGUCGCUGAAAAAAGUCAAUUUCACCACCAAAGCUGGAGAAGAAGUCUGGUUCGACAGCACUGGUGCAACAGCUGCAAAAUAUGAUGUGGUCAACUGGCAAAAAGGAUUUGGUGGGGAAGUAGAGUUUAAGGUUGUGGGCUAUUAUGAUGCCUCUCUGCCAGCUGGGCGGCAAUUUGUCUUAAAUUCUGACAGCAUAAUUUGGGCUGGAGGGAAUACAGAGAAGCCGAGGUCUGUGUGCAGUGAGAGCUGUCCUCCAGGAACCAGGAAAGCUGCACAGAAAGGAAGGCCUGUCUGCUGCUAUGACUGUAUACCAUGUGCAGAAGGAGAGAUCAGUAACCAGACAGAUUCAAAUAACUGUGAGCAGUGUCCAGGAGAAUAUUGGUCUAAUGCUGAGAGAGAUAAAUGUGUGUUAAAGGUCAUAGAGUUUCUUUCAUUUACAGAGGAUAUGGGGAUAAUACUGGUAUUUUUUUCCUUGCUUGGAGCUACAUUAUCUGUGAUAGUAGGGAUUUUAUUUAUAAUUAAAAAAGACACUCCCAUUGUUAAAGCCAACAACUCUGAGCUGAGCUUCCUGCUGCUCUUCUCUCUGACUCUGUGUUUCCUCUGUUCACUUACUUUCAUUGGAAGGCCCUCUGAGUGGUCCUGUAUGCUGCGUCACACAGCUUUUGGGAUCACCUUUGUCCUCUGCAUCUCCUGUGUUCUGGGAAAAACAGUAGUUGUGUUAAUGGCCUUCAGGGCUACACUUCCAGGCAGUAAUUUAAUGAAAUGGUUUGGGCCUCUACAGCAGAGACUCAGUGUAUUUGCCUUCACUCUCAUACAGGUUCUUAUCUGUGUACUUUGGUUAACAGUUUCUCCUCCUGUUCCUUACAAAAACAUGAACUACUACAAGGAAAAGAUUAUAUUAGAAUGUAGUUUGGGCUCAGCUAUAGGUUUCUGGGCUGUGUUGGGGUAUAUAGGAGUUCUUGCUUUGUUGUGCUUUGUUUUAGCUUUUCUAGCUAGGAAGCUGCCUGAUAAUUUUAAUGAAGCUAAAUUCAUCACAUUCAGCAUACUGAUAUUCUGUGCAGUUUGGCUUACUUUUAUUCCAGCUUAUGUGAGUUCACCUGGAAAAUACACUGUAGCUGUGGAGAUAUUUGCUAUUCUGGCCUCCAGUUUUGCUUUACUAUUCUGUAUAUUUACACCUAAAUGUUAUAUUAUUCUGUUUAAACCUGAACUGAACACAAAGAAAAAUAUGAUGGGGAAAACUGCAUCUAAAUCCCUUUAA